CCACCACUGAACUCCGGACGCCACUGUUCGGCUGAGAGGGAGGAGAAAACGUAGUGUUCCGGAGCUCUGCCUAGCCGGGCCCAACCUUUGCUCCAGAGAUCAUGGCCGCCAAGGAUGUGGUGGCGACUGGCGCCGACCCGAGCGAGCUGGAGGGCGGGCUGCUGCACGAGAUCUUCACAUCUCCGCUCAACCUGCUGCUGCUCGGCCUCUGCAUCUUCCUGCUCUACAAGAUCGUACGCGGGGACCAGCCUGGAGCCGGUGGCGACAACGACGACGACGAGCCGCCCCCGCUGCCCCGCCUGAAGCGGCGCGACUUCACCCCUGCCGAGCUGAGGCGUUUCGAUGGAGUCCAGGACCCGCGCAUUCUUAUGGCCAUCAAUGGCAAGGUGUUCGACGUGACCAAAGGCCGCAAAUUCUACGGGCCGGAGGGACCAUAUGGGGUCUUUGCCGGAAGAGAUGCAUCCAGGGGCCUUGCCACCUUUUGCCUGGAUAAAGAAGCACUGAAGGAUGAGUAUGAUGACCUUUCUGACCUCACUGCCUCCCAGCAGGAGACCCUGAGUGACUGGGAAUCUCAGUUCACUUUCAAAUAUCAUCAUGUGGGCAAAUUGCUGAAGGAAGGGGAGGAGCCAACUGUGUACUCAGAUGAUGAAGAACCGAAAGAUGAGAAUGCUUGGAAGAAUGACUGAAGCAUUCGCUGGAAGCAUAUCUAUUUUUGUAUUUUGCAAAAUCAUUUGUAACAUUCCAGUCUGUCUUUAAAACAUGGUGAUUUCAAUAUUUAGAAAAGUUUUGAACUUGCUGUAAAUUUUUUUUAAUUUCCAUCACUAGUGACACUGACAAAAUUGUCUUAGAAUGCAUGAUGUUUGUGUCACACAUCCAGAAAGUGAGCUGCGGUGCUGUCAUGCAAAUGUUAAUGCUGUUUUUCUUCUAGCUGUAGUUAGAACAAGCGGAAAUGCAAUUUGAUUUUUCUGAGAGAGAGCAAAGACUUGGGUGUUUUCACAAAUUGGUCACAGUGGUAAGUGUAUUGGGAAUGAAGAAGGAUCAACUUCUAGUCACUGUUCUCUGAAAACAAGCCCCCGUCUUAUUCAAUUGACUUAACUGCAUGGUUUCUGUUUUAUCUACCUCUAAAGCAAAUCUGCAGUGUUCCAAAGGCUAUGGUAUUGAUUUAAGAGAGAAGUUCAGGAACACAAUGAAAAUUCGAUGUUGGGCUUAGUUGGCACAAAUACAUUUCCUGUGUUUCUGGACUGAUUUAACUGUCCUUGUCCUCAUGUGGACACUCUCAACAUAAACAGUAACUCUCUCACACACAGUAAUUGACAGUUGGGGCUAAAGCAGCAUCUGACAUUCAAAGUAGAACUUUGGAGAAAAAAAAAACCCUAAACACAUGAAGAUCAUGGGUCUGGCUUCCCAGUCUUGUUGCUUGCAGCAGGCAAUGAUUAUGUGGUUGUUUGACCAAAUGUGAAAUUUGAGUGGAACAUAGAGGGCAGGAACAGGUGUGUGCUUUUCAAAAAGCCUUCAACGUCAUCUCUGAAGAAUGAGAAAACACUACAUAGCAUUAGCUGAGUGAUUAGUAAAGGAAAAUACAUUCCUAAGGUAACAGUUAAAUCCUUGUUGUUACAAAAUCGUAGUCACUUCGAAAGUAGUAGUCAAGUGUCUAGGUCUUGGAUAAUAACUCUUUGGUUAAUACGAAACCUAGCUUAAGUAGACUCUACAGUUGUAUAAAUUUGUAAAAGUAUUAUAUGAACAACUAGUGAGGGUUCAGACUCUUGUAAUUGUAGUUAAAUAGUCAGUGUAUUUUCUUGUGAGCUGUGUUUAAUGGUUUUACCUCAAAUUAGAAACAAAAUGAAGUGUUUGGGUCAGUUAAUAAAAAGGUUUUAC